CAUAAUAACUCUUCUACUACUGCCAGAGCCAUUACACUAAUUACAAAGUGUGUCACCAUGUGUUGCCUGACUGUUCCCCUUUCCCUAUUCAAGCAUUUUAGAGAGAUCAGUUUGAAAACCGAUGGGUGCAUGCAGAAGACUCGAACUAGGACUCUAGAUAUUGAUUAUAUCAUCGUGCUGCAGUUUGUAUUUCUUUCCCCUCUUCAUUUGAUUUGUCAGUCCCUUAGUCGGCCGGUGUUGGAUUUGCGGGAGGGAGGAGUGAUUGAUAAAUAAAUUGCUAAAUAAAGGAUGCAUUGAGCGGGUGUGUGUGUAGCCAAAGAAAGAGGGUGCCUGCUUAAACAGUCUCAAGUCUUGUUCGAGGGCUGGCUGCAAUGCAGAGCAAAGGACGGACGCUGGCCCGUAGAGACAGAAGGGACCUUGAAGAAAAGGGAUUUAGACUGCACUGCAGAAAGAUAGCAAGGAAAGCGGCACGCACUGCAGCGUGAUUUAGCAGGAGAUGAGAUUUGGGCAGACCCCAAACCUCCUCACAGCAGGCAUAGACACCACACCAGGUGAGAGUUUAAUUCACAGCUGAUAUCAGAGGCCCGGCUAUACCGGGACUCUCGGGAGGGAUAGUAUUAGGAAGGGGGAGAGGAAGGGGGCCGGAGACAAAAAGAGGAGAGGGUGGAGAAACAAGGGAAGAGGAGGGAGAUGUUGCUGUAUUUUCGGAUGGGGAUCUUCUGAAUUAAGUGUGGUUGGAAUAAAGAUGUAGUGUGAGCAGGACGCUGAACAAGGACGCUGCUGUGCUCCGCUUUAGUGGAGAGGAGUGGGGAGCAGACGCCUGGCAGACACACACACACCGACUCAGCAAGGCUGACUCUCGGAGAAGAGAGAAAGAGAGAGAGCUCAACAUCACGGCUGCGGGGCUGGGAAGAUGCCCUCUCGCUUUGGCACUGCCGUGCGGAUCGUCUACACCACCCUUUUUGGCGCGGUGGUGCUGCUUGCCAUCCUGCUUGUAUACGUGACAGGUUACCAGUUCAUCCGAACCGAACAGCAUUACCUCUCUUUCGGCCUGUACGGUGCGUUUCUUUUUCUCCACCUCCUCCUGCAGAGCCUCUUCGCCUACCUGGAGCACCGGCAAAUGCGUAGCCCCUCCAGACCCCAGCACCUGCAACGCACCGUGGCCCUCUGCAUCGCGGCCUACCAGGAGGAUCCAGACUACCUGCGCAAGUGUCUGCGAAGUAUACGCCGCAUUUCCUUUCCCGGACUUAAAGUGGUGUUGGUGGUGGAUGGGAAUCGGAAGGAAGAUGCCUACAUGAUGAAAAUCUUCCAGGAGGUGAUGGGGGAAACAGAGCAGACGGGCUGCUUGGUGUGGAAGGGGAAUUACCAUAGCGAUGGUUAUGGAAGAGUAGGGAGUGACUUACGCCACACGAAGGAGACCGAACACGUGACCAGUGUGGUGCGGAAUUGCCAGCACUCCUGUAUCAUGCAAGAGUGGGGUGGCAAAAGGGAAGUGAUGUACACAGCAUUCAAAGCUUUGGGAAACACUGUGGAUUACAUUCAGGUGUGUGAUUCAGACACUGUACUUGAUCCAGCAUGCACAGUUGAGAUGCUGAAGAUUCUGGAGCAAGAUCCAGAUGUGGGUGCAGUGGGAGGAGAUGUUCAGAUCCUAAACAAGUAUGCUUCCUGGAUCUCGUUUUUGAGCAGUGUCCGCUAUUGGAUGGCCUUCAAUGUAGAACGGGCCUGCCAGUCUUAUUUUGGAUGCGUGCAGUGCAUUAGCGGCCCGCUGGGAAUGUACCGCAACUCUCUCCUCCAGGACUUCCUGGAGCCCUGGUAUAACCAGACCUUCUUAGGGACCAAGUGCAGCUUUGGUGAUGAUCGGCACCUCACCAACCGCGUCCUGAGCUUGGGCUACAAAACCAAGUACACGGCACGCUCCCAAUGCCAGACCGAGACCCCCACAGAAUACCUGCGCUGGCUGAAUCAGCAAACCCGCUGGAGCAAGUCUUACUUUCGAGAGUGGCUCUACAGCGCCCUUUGGUUCCACAAGCACAAUCUCUGGAUGACUUAUGAGUCUGUGAUGACCGGGUUCUUCCCCUUUUUUCUGGUCGUUACGGUGAUCCAUCUGUUCUACGUAGGUCGCCUGUGGAACAUCCUUCUCUUUCUGCUGACAGUCCAGCUGGUGGGCAUGGUUAAGGCCACCUAUGCGUGUUUCCUUCGAGGCAGCCUGGUCAUGAUCUUCAUGUCGUUGUAUGCUCUACUCUACAUGUCUAGCUUGUUGCCUGCUAAGAUCUUUGCCCUGUUGACUAUUAACAAAUCAGGCUGGGGCACAUCAGGCAGGAAGAAGAUAGUGGUGAACGUCAUCGGUGCUAUACCUGUGACCGUGUGGGCAGCCAUUCUGCUCGGCGGCUUGGUGUACACCAUUUACUGCGAGGUGCAGGAGCCCUUCACAGAUACAGAGAAGGCUCUUCUUAUUGCCGGCGCAGUAGUUUAUGCAUGUUACUGGGUGGUGCUUCUGGUACUCUACCUGGCCAUAGUGGCCAAACGCUGCAACAAAAGAGAGGAGCAGUUUCACCUACCCUAUUCUAAAGCUUAGCAACUUUAGUGGUGCUGGAGGACUUUAGGUGCUCAUCCCAUAUCUUCCUGAUGCUGCAUUCCUUAUUGUGAUUACAGAUCUGUGAGUAUCGGGUUGAAACGGUAUGGCUACGAAAAAGGUUUUAACCAGUGGCCAUAAUGAACCUUUGAAAGUGCCAUAAUUUUUGUGGCUGAAAUGGGGAACGGUUAAUCAGGAGUGGUGCUUCUCAUCAUAAUAAAGCACACAUUGAGGUGGCCAGUCAAGUUUGAGAGCAAACAUUGAGCCAAAGGUUACCGAUGAAGUGUAGUGACAUGUAGCCAGCAUGGUCAUUGUAAGUUAAAGGGGGUCAUAUUGGUGCUUGCUUGGUAUUGGGAACGUCAUGAUAAGGUUAGCGAAGUAUGUGCCAAUACUUGAGAAGACACUAGGCUGGUGAUUUUUGCCAAAAGCCAGCUAGUAUUUACAUUUACACCUUUGGGAGACGUUUUUAUCCAAAUCGACUUUUGAAGUAUACAUUUUAUCAGUUGGGAGUUGCCGUGAUCUACCAACUGAGCUACAGGAACACCUAAAAUAAUCAUAUUGUAUGUCUUUGUAUUGUAUUGUCUCUGAUAAUCCACUAUAAUUCUUAACAUCAUCGUCUGUGGUGCUGCUGAUGGGUUGGGAAAUUGUAAAAGUGCAUUUAAUUUAUUUACGUUUAUGAUGCACAACAAAAACUACACUGUACAAAAUGUUUACAGAUGCAUCAAGUAACAUCCAUACCUGUUUGUCCAUACUUUUAUUUGUUCCUGGAAUGUUUUAUUCCUCCAAAACUGAUCAUUUUAUAAAGUAAAUAAGUAGAGGUUAGUUUUGCACACAGCCUUGACAUUGUCAGACAAAAACCUUUCUUUAGUAUACAUGAUUCUUAUAAGUUAUGUCAAUAAAAUGUUCUGCUAGACAGAUAUGAAUAGGAAUCACAUUAUUAUUUAUGGUAUCCUAAACUAUGGUGGUUUAAAAAAUGGCCAAAGGAUUUAGUUUACCAUGCAUCAUGUAUUUACACAUCCAGCAAAGGUAAACGGUGGUGCAUUUUUCCACCUUCAGUCGUCUAAAUGCAACAGUUUGUGGAUUUAUGUAACUUUAUGAAUGCUAAGGCAAGCAACGUUUUAUUGCUCUCUUCUCUUCAAGAACACACAUUCAUUUUUCUGGCCAUUUUUUAGGGCACAGAAAUGUAAACACGGAGACUAGUGUGUGUUUUUGUGCAUGAAUAAGUUUUGAAAGGGAGCGAGUUGAUGAAACUUCUGUCCAUGUGUUUUUGCUUGAUUCAUUACAUGUGUAAUUCCAACAGGUAUAUCAUGACAGUAUAAAAGCAUCAGCAUCAGAGUUUGAUUUUAAUCUUUGAAAUGAUCUUACUCAGUCAAUAUUAAAGAUAUUAAGGUUAUAUUUUCGCAGAACGUUCUACGUUCUUUACAUUAUGUAUGAUGGUUUUAUGUAAAAAACAGUGAAUCAAAUUUUUUUUAGCUGGGUUUUCAGACUGGGUCACAAAUUUAAAUCUUACUGUUCGCUUUUGUGUGCUAUUCCUUUUGCAAACUAGGUGCCAAACAUUUAGGAUUAUCAUGCGUCUCAGGAACACAAAAAGAGGGAAUUCAGAACCAGAAAGUGAUUUGGAUGUAUUAGGCUUAAGCAGUAACAGCAAGAGAUGAAAAUAAAUACAUAGUAACAACAGAUUUGCCAGAUACAAAAAAAUCUGUACAGAACCAAUGCAAUAGACGAUCUAUUCACAAACAUGAAUUUGUGGAUGGUGAUCCAGUUUUGUAAAUAUAAGGUUUUUCAGUCAUUCAAGUGUAUUGUACAGUAAUAUAUAUAUUUUUGUAAUGUAAAGCUCUACGGUAUUUUGAACACUUAGUAAUCCGAACACAUAUCAAUGUAUCAGUGUUUUCCUAUGAUCCUUUUUUUUGGAAAAUAUUAUUUUCAUUAUGACACUGUACAGUUAGGAAGUUAUAAAUGAUUGAUAAUUCAAUAUGGGACAUGUCACUUUUUUAAUGAAAAAGCAGAUUUUUACCCAUUUU